CUAGGGUGACAGUAUGUUAAAAAUAAUAAUAAUAAUAAUAUAAAAAAAUAAAUUUAAAAUUUUGGCCAAAGUUUAUGAAAAAAGAUUAUUUAUUUGCAAAAGAAAAACACUUUUUAAAAAAUUUUGGACUUUUUUAUUUAUAUAGCAAAAAAAAAAUAAAAAUCCCAGUGGUGAAUAAAUACCACCAAAAUAAAGUUUUAUCUGUCUCAAAAAAACGCUAAAAACUUCAUAUGGGUACAGUGUUGCAUGACCGAGCAAUUGUCAUUCAAAUUGUGAUAGCGCUGAAAGCUGAAAACUGGCCUGGGCAGGAAGGGGGUAAAAGUCUUUGGAUGUGAAGUG